AUGUGUACCACGCGCGAUGCGCAAUGCAUUGCAGCGGGCAACACCGGCACCAUUCUGGACGUGUCGUCCUACCGCGGGGCCUGUCCUCAGGCCCUGGCCUCCUGCCGAAUGACCUGCCUGCUGCCGUACGACACAACCUGCAAGUUCCUCGGGACCGGCUUCCGCAACGGAACCCGCUGCGGGAGUGACGGCUUCUGCUAUGGGGGCAGCUGCUCCGAGGCCAGCUUCCUCCAGUGGGUCGAGGGGAACCUGAUCCUCUUCUGCGUGUUGGCUGGCAUUGCGGCCCUGCUGGUGCUGAUCUUCCUGGUCUGGGGCUGCCGCCAAGCUGGGCGCAAGCAGCUCCGGCCACUGAGCAUCGGCAUUCCCGGACGCACUGGCGGCGGCAAGAAGGGGGCCAAGAACCAAGCCUCGUCUGGUAAGAAGCAGUCACAAAAGAACUCCAAGCCCUCUGCCACCAAGGGCACGUCUGGCCAGGGGACCAUCCGCUGCCCGCUCUGCCCCCUGUCCUUCCCGGGGGAGUCGCACCUGACCUUGCAUCUCGACCGGGACCACUCUUAG